UGCACACAUACAGCGAUAACAAUAAUUUAAUGUUAGCCAAUUAGGGAAGGGAAGGGAAUUGCAUUGCUUACUUUUCCAAAUAUCUAUAUAUCAUACCUUUGUUUAUUUCAUUUUGUUUUCUUCCCCCAUUUAAAUUUAAUUUUCUCCCUAUUAAUAUAUCUUCAUUCCAAUUUUACUUGACCAGAUAUAUAUAUAUAUAUAUAUAUAUUCAGAAAGCAAAAGCUAAAGCUAAAGCUAAAGCUAAAGGUGUGUUGUCCUCUUGCGAAUUGAAGAUGUGCGAUGGUAGACGACAUGAGAUUAUUAGUCAUCCCUAUCCUUGCUUGCAUUGCGAUCCUCGUACCUACAUUAGAAUGGUGCAGAACCUGAUAGAGAGGUGCUUGUUGCUUCGUAUGGAUAGGGAGCAGUGUGUGGAGGCGCUGGCGGAGCAUGCUCGAAUUCAACCACUCGUCACUCUCGCAGUGUGGAAUGAGCUGCUAAAGGAGAAUGAAGACUUCUUUGAAUCAUAUUUCCAGCAGGCUAAUUUCCAAACCCCAACAGAUAUGUGCAACCUCGAGCCAUAGUGGAGAGUGGAGACAUCAGACAUGAUGAUGAGACACGUACGUACGUACGGUACGGUAGUCAGAAUGAAGAAUUAUAUAUGAAUGUAUGGACACAUUAGGGUUUGUGAGAGUGAGAUCUAGCUAGCAAGCAAGCAAGCAACCUUUGAUCAUUAAUCAGUAUGUAUGUACGUAUGUAAUUAGUGACUGUGACUCCAAUUUGGAAUUGGAAUGGUUAUGGAUAAUUGGUAUCC